CUGAAUGACAGUGACAAUUCUUUUAACCUCACUCUUUGUUUAUUAUUGCUUUAAUUUUUAUCAAUAAUGUAUACAAAAAUGCGUGUAAUUGUAUUAUUAUUAUCAGUAACAAUAGUGCAUUCGAUAAAGGAUGAUUGGACGGAUCCGCAUGAAAUUAAAUUCUCGAACCCUGGUAAAUUAAAGAGAUCGAACAGUGAAAACGACAAGGAUAAGAUAGGUAGAAUAUCUGCGAAAAACGAAUUAAAUGAAGCGGCUGUGGAUGAAAAUGCGUCGCUCUUGUUUUUAAAACGAACCAUUAAUUUGAUAUUAAAUUCUGCCAGUCCUGAGAAAGGCGAUAGUUCAUUGCACUCUGGAUCGUACAGGUUUCGAAUAGAUUCGGAAGUGUACAAUGCUUUGAAGGAGUUUAGCGAAAAAGAGCUCGUUAACUCGAACGAUAUGCGAAGAUUGGAUUCUGCUUUAAGUGAACUUUUCAAAAACAACGACUAUGAAUUUAUUAAUUUAGAUGUAUCAAAGCUCAAUUAUUUUUUUGAAAUAGAUUUUAUACUUUUAUUGAUGACACCCUUAUGCUUAUUUGUCAUGUUUUAUUUAAUCAAGAAUAAAUUUGGGUUCUUAAAUAUAUUUUUGUAUGCAGUAUUCUCAGUGUUUGUAGUGGAUUAUGCUAAACGAUAUCAAGUCAUGCUAGAGGAGGCCUCUGAGCACAAUAUUCACAUGGAGUAUUCCAAGGAAUGUGAUACAAAUAAAAUGAAUUGGAAACAGUACAUUGCAUUUCUCCUGGAAAAAAAAUCGUGUGAGAGGAAAAUUGUAACUCCUUUAGACGUCAUGUUAAAUCAGUUGAAAUACGCUAUUAUAAUUCCAUUCGAAUCGUUUGGCACGGGAAUUGGGGGAUUUAGCAGCGAAUUAUGGAGUAAAUUACCAUUUCCAUGGAACCUCGUUAUGUUUCCACUGAUGUUACUUUUCGUCAUGUUAAUGAUUCUUUUCAUAAUGAUAGUCUUACUAGGAGCACCGUUCAAGCUGAAUAUUUUACAUCUUUUUUGCUUCCAAUUCGGGAAUACUCAUGACGGCCAAGAUAGAGUAUCUGCUAGAACAUUGGAUAGAUUAUUGAAUUUCACAUGGGCCCACAGACCAAUGGUGGAACCUGCGAUAUCGUACCCGAAUAAUGAACCAUCCCCCGAAAGAUCACCCAGCAGGCGUAGAAUUAGAGAAAAGGAAAGUUGUGCUAAUUGUGCUAAUUGCGCUAACAAGAAUAAAACCAGUAUUGAGGUUAUCGAAGAGGAGGAAAUUAGUCAGGAGCAACAAGUCAAAGAAAGAGGAAUUAGUUGUAAGAAUAAAAAGGAAAAUUUGGAAUUUAUACCAAAAGAACCAAAAGAUUUAGUGGAAGACGCAAAUAUUGAUAGUAAUUUAAAUGAUUGUACAACUAAAAAAGAGAAUUAAAUAUUUAUUUUUGUGAUAAGAUUUAUUUAGGAUUCCCCUUGACCUUUUUGUUACAAAAAAACAACAAACAUUAAAGUUCAGAGAUGUGUAUUUAAAAAAUUACAUUUUCUUGAUAUCAAAUUUCUAUUCUACCCUAAAAUACUGAUAAAAUAUGUAUAUACAGCUUUAAAACUAGAUAUCACUAGAGAAUAAUAAAAUAUAUGGCAACUUUAUCAACACAGCAUAUUUCUCAAUUUGUAGUCAAAAAAAAUACCAUCGUAUGAAUAUUGCCGGGAAUCGAACGGUACGCGAAAUGAAAUUUUGAAUUUUGCCUGUCUAAUUCACAGCCUAAUAUACCCCAUUAGAAACUUUUCAAGUUCAAACAAAAACCAAAUUUUACUGGCAAAAACUCCAAUUAGACAGUUGUAUCCAAAAUGUAAUAAUCCAUAAAAAAAACAAUUUGUACGGGCUGCAUUUAAAGGAUGAUAUACAAAUCAAUCAGCCCCAUUUUUGUACGGUUUACCACAUUUCCCAUCAGCAAGAUGAUAAUUUUUCUAUCGUUCUACGCCCCUGUACGAUGCUCGAUUCUAUUCCAAUACGUUAGUAACAAACGCCAUAACAACGAUCCCUAGGAUUAAAGCUAAUAGUUGCUUGAAGGACUCUUUAGGAUCUUCUUCUUUCAGUAAAUCAGGAAGAACAGUCACCAGAGCUAUGUGAAGGAACGUUCCAGUGGUAAACGGCAAUAUCCAAG